GCUCCCAUGCUGCCUCUCCAGAUGACAAAGGGGCGCAGGUCAUGGCCCGCCAGGGUUGCAGUGCUGCUGGUUCUGCUCGCCUGCCUGGGGGAGAUGGUCGACGCCUACCCCGCCAAACCCGAAGCUCCCGGCGAGGACGCCUCUCCGGAGGAGCUGAGCCGCUACUACACCUCCCUGCGCCACUACCUCAACCUGGUCACCCGGCAGCGGUAUGGGAAACGCGACAGCCCCGAAGGUCUACUCUCAAAACUGCUCUUCCUGGACGGCGAGGGAAGUCCCGUCAGGUCGCGCUCAGAAGACGCCUAUAUGUGGUGA